AGUCCAAUCUCUGGACACACUUUCAAACACUCCUCCGUGGCGCAGCACGCAGGACGCACCGAGGAAGCGCGUAAAAAUUAACCGAGGUGCAGCGUUUGAACGCCGAAGCGCAACCUUCACCAUUAUUAUUGUUAUUAUUAUUAUUUUCACCUAACUGCAGCAUAAUAGUUUGGACUUUUUAUAGGCGCGAUUCUUUGAUUUGAACCUCCGGUACCUUGUUCUUUUUUUUUUUUAUUAUUAUUCUUUUUCUUUUUUGUUCUCUCUCGAAUCGGAGUUGCGUUUCCUAUGAUGCUCGGAUUUUGCAGGAGUGUUUGCUCCACGCUUUGGAUCCACAAUGUUUGGAUUAGUGUCGGAAUAACCGGGGACGCUGCGUAAAAGGAAGCCUUGAACUCCCCAAGCGUGACCAGUGAAGCUCGUUUCAGUCCCCCCCUAAAGUGCGGAAUGGGGUCGUCACUCACACUGCUUCUUAUUGCUUUUUUGGUUUGGGCCGAAGGUUCCUCUGUUCACUACUCGGACGGCCGCUCCAGCCAUCUCUCCCUGGAGAAGACGUUCGGCCGGUCCGUCAAAGACUCCCAGUGCCAGCACAUGCUGAAGCACCUUCAUAAUGGGGCCCGGAUCACUGUGCAGAUGCCUCCCAGCGUGGAGGGCCACUGGGUGUCCACCAGCUGCGAGGUGAGACCAGGUCCAGAGUUUCUGACGCGCUCCUACAGGUUUUACUCCAACAACACCUUCCAGGCUCACCAGUUCUACUACGAGGACAACCACUGCACCAAGCCCACCUACACGCUGGUCAUCCGGGGCCGCCUGCGCUUGCGCCAGGCCUCCUGGAUCAUCCGCGGCGGCACGGAGGCGGAGUACCACCUCCACCGUGUCCAGAUGGUGUGUCACACGGCCGCCGUGGCCAAAGACCUCAGCCAGAGGCUCAACCGCAGCUGCCGAGGGGCCGUGAAAGGCCCCUGGGAGCCCAGCGUGACCUACGACCUGUGGAGCGAGGAGGGCGGCUACGACUGCUCCAGAGAGCUUAACUUUGCCAUGCACGAGCUGCAGCUGCUGAGGGUGGAGAAGCAGUACCUGCAUCACAAUCUGGAUCACCUGGUGGAGGAGCUGUUUCUGGGGGACAUCCACACCGAGCCUUCGCAGCGGUUGUACUACAAGCCGUCCAGCUACCAGAUGGCCCUGCAGAACGCCAAGAACCACGACCACGGCUGCAUCGCCUGUCGCAUCAUCUACCGCUCAGACGAGUUCCACCCGCCAAUCCUGCCGCCGCGGACCGACCUGAGCGUCGGGCUGUACGGCCAGUGGGUGAGCCAGCGCUGCGAGGUCCGCCCGGAGGUCCUCUUCCUCACCCGCCACUUCGUCUUCCACGACAACAACCACACCUGGGAGGGCCACUACUACCACUACUCCGACCCCGUCUGCAAACACCCCACCUUCACCAUCUACGCCCGCGGACGCUACAGCCGAGGGCUUCAUUCCACCCGGGUCAUGGGCGGGACGGACUUUGUCUUCAAAGUGAACCACAUGAGAGUGACGCCCAUGGACCUGGCGACCACCUCCCUCCUCAACGUCUUCAACGGUAACGAGUGCGGCGAGCAGGGGUCCUGGCAGGUCGGCGUGGAGCAGGACGUCACCCUGACCAACGGCUGCGUGGCGCUGGGCAUCCGCCUGCCCCACACGGAGUACGAGCUCUUCCGCAUGGAGCAGGACGCCCACGGCCGCUACCUGCUCUACAACGGCCAGCGCCCCAGCGACGGCUCCAGCCCGGACCGGCCGGAGAAGCGGGCCACGUCCUACCAGAUGCCCCUGGUCCAGUGCUCGUCGAGCAGCCAGCGGUCCGACUACAGCCAGGGGGGGGACGCGGACCGGCCUCGGAUGCACCACAACGGCUGCUCGGGAGGCAGCCAGGGACGAGCCACGGCGGCUUUGGCCACGUUCGUCACCGCCCUGCUUCUCUCCUGGCAAACUUAAGGGAGCACGAGACAGGACGACAAGGAGGCUGCCUGUUGGAACUGCAAACCAUUUUUUUUCUGGUGUAGAGGAGGAUUUAAAAAAACAAAACAAAACAAAAAAAACAACUCUCUGACGCUACCAAAGACUCGACACUGCUGCACCACAGAAACUGCACUUUAGAGCGGAACCAAAGGCCGAAGCCGUCUGUGUUUCCACAAAGACGUCGUUAUAUCCACACGGACCCGACGACGCGUUUUACACAGGUCAUUGACCUACAACAAGGUUUUGUACAGCAAAAAGACACGAUUUAGUGGACGUUUUCUCCAGAGGAGCUCUUGACGACGACCUCCCUGUCUUGAGGAGCUUUGAGUCGCUGUUUACAGUAAAAAGGGAACUACAGUGCUUUACUCACAGCUUUGUCUAUAAAUGUAACCUUAAGGGACGGCGGACUCCACGGCAGGUAUCGGCCUCCCUUUCCUGAAUAAAGAUCAUAUUGUCGUUAUGAAACAUCUCCAUGUAACUAUAUGUCACAUAUUCUAGAGCAGCAGUCCCCCACGGGUCGACCUUAAAACUUCAACUAUGUAAAACUCUGGAAAUUUUAAAUAAAACCAUCAUGGAGUUCGUUUA